UACCAGGGAGGUGCCGGCGCGGUGCCAGUAUGGUUGAACAAAGGGGACAACGCAUGGCAAAUGGUAGCAGCCACACUCGUCGGCCUCCAAAGCGUGCCGGGUCUUGUCAUCCUGUACGGAAGCAUAGUAAAAAAGAAAUGGGCAGUGAACUCAGCUUUCAUGGCUCUCUACGCUUUUGCGGCCGUCGUAAUCUGCUGGGUGUCGUGGGCUUACAAGAUGUCGUUUGGGGACAAGCUCCUACCCUUCUGGGGCAAAGCUGGCCCUGCCUUGGGCCAGAAGUUCCUCAUCAACCAGGCAGCUCUGCCUGCGAGCACGCACUACUUUAGUGACCACAAGACUGUGGAGACUCCUGAGGCCACACCCUGGUACCCGAUGGCGACCAUGGUGUGGUUUCAGUGCGUGUUCGCAGCCAUUACGCUGAUAUUGCUGGCGGGGUCGGUGCUUGGGAGGAUGAACUUCAAGGCGUGGAUGAUGUUCGUGCCGCUUUGGCUUACAUUUUCGUACACGGUCGGAGCGUUCAGCUUGUGGGGUGGAGGGUUCUUGUUCCAUUGGGGUGUAAUGGACUAUUCCGGUGGUUAUGUCAUUCAUCUUUCUUCCGGGAUUGCUGGCUUCACCACUGCUUACUGGGUAAAUUAAUUAAAUAAUGGUUAACUACGCUAUUGCUAGUUUUCUUUCUCUCCAUUAGUCAACGUCUGCAGGCCUGGUAAUUAUUGAUUAAAUAGUCCAUUAAUUCCUUGUAAUUAUAAAAUAGUGGCUUUAAUUUCUUUC